AUGAUGCUCCAGAAUCUAACGGGAUGGAUGAGAAGAGGAAUCAUUGAGAAUCCUACGACACGACCUUUCUAUCAUAGUGUAAUGAGAUCCAGGCAAUCGCUAACUAGAGGAGAAAUUGAAGGAGGAAUCUCCCAAAGAUUGUUGUUGGUCAUUUGGAUAUACUUACUGUAUCAAAGUGCCAACGGAUUCUCAGUUUUGGGAACUGAAGAUAUUCAGAAACCAUAG